AUGGAAGAAAAAACAAAUUAUUUUAGUUCUUGUCAUGAUUACACAAAAAGAAAUGUUCGUUAUAACCAUCAACAAUAUCUGAGCUGUUCAAUAACUCAGUCUGAUUCUGAAUUUUCAUCUUCAAAAGUAGAACCAAUUGAACAUGUUCAAUCUUCUAUUAGUAAAAAUGAAGAACAUUAUUUAUCUUAUAUUCAAUUACAAUCAAAUGAUAAUUCAAAAUUUUUUCAAGAAAAGAGACUUGUAUGGAAUGAUAUUUUUUAUCGAAAUGAAUAUAAUGAUUAUCAAAGUAUUCUAACUAGAACUCACGAAUAUGGUACUUUUCUUAUUCGACCCCAAGCAAAAAAAUCAAGUUUCAGUGAUCAUGAUUAUACAUUAUGUUUGUAUUAUAAAUUAAAUGACAUUCGAUGUUUUGCAAUAUAUCAAUUGCCGAUACGAAAAAAUGAAUAUAGUUUAGCACACAAAGGUUUAAAAAGUUUUGUCGAUAUAGUUCAUCUUUGUGAAUAUUAUAGAACAAAUCCAUUACCUAUGUCUGCAAAUAAUGUUUGUCUUAAAGAAUCUUAUAAAUAUUUUACACAUGAAUAUCAUUAUAUUGUAUAA